AUGGUAGUAAUCAAAAUCAACCAAUGGAAUGUCAGAGGUUGGGGCACUGACACCUCCUUCAAAAACAAAACAGACUUUAUCAAAUCCCAAUCCCCCCCAAACUCAUUGGCACUAACCAUAGUCAAUGAACUCAAUGCUGACGCAACACAAGCACACCAGCUAUUUCCUGGCUCCAUCAUUAGUGCAACCAACAGAGGCAACGGAAUAGGAAUACUAAACAACAACAACCAAAACAUAAAACUCUCACCAAUAUUCAUAAUAGAAGAUACCACAACGAGAAUCUUGGCCAUAUACGCCCCGGCCCAACUUGAUAAAAGAAAAAUACUAGCUUCAACACUUAACAAACACUUCAACAACCAAUACCACAACCUAACGUCUAACCCUAAAAAAAACAUCGACAUCAUAGCAGGUGACUUCAAUUGUUUAGACUUCAAUGACAAUCACACAUCAAAUGACGACCAAGGCAACUUGACAACACAAUCCCCAGAUGAGAUGGCCACAGUAAUUGAAGCCAUCAGAAUUUCAAAUAACCUAAUGGAUAUGGACCAACUAAAUAAAAGACCCACCUUCUCAAGAACGAUACACAACACAAACAAUAACCUCACAAGAAUCUUGGAAAGGAGACUAGACAGAAUAUACCUUAACAAUAGCAUAAUCAACUACAGCCAAUUAUACUUAAGGAACCUAAUCCCCCCAAAAAUUAAUGACAUACCUCUAUCAGAUCACAACUUCCUAUCAACCACCUUCACUCUACCCAACAUACAGAUGAACAAGCGCAGAUGGAGAUUAAAAAAAUCCUCAAUCCUCUCAAGCAUAAUGCUUAAGAAAAUAGACUUCCUACUUAACGAUUAUUCAAGAGAGCUGUCAUCCAACCAUAACUCUAUUUCCUUCUCUCAACUCAACAGCUUACUAAACAAAAUAAAACAACUAUACACAGAAUUUCUAAAACAAAAUGACUACAACAAUAAGGCAAACAUCAAAAAUCUAAUCUUCCUACUAGAGACAGAAUUUAAAGACCAAGCCUUCGCAACCCUUUCAGCAAUAAAUGAAUCUAAAAAAAGAGAAGAACAACUUAAACAAGAAUUGAACAACUAUUGCGAAGAAACCUCACUCAAGUACAUCUCCGCGAGAAUCAAGAAAAGACACAAUGAUUUCACCAUCAACGCAGUAAAAGAUGCACAAGGUAGAACAAUCAACAAACAGGAAUUGAUCGAAGAAGAAUACGUAAAGUAUUACUCAAAUCUUUAUGACUACAAAGAAGAUGACCCACCAUCUCAUUAUGAAAUGUUGGAAAAUUGGACAGUGACCAGGGACUCAACAUGGGACAACCUUGAAAAUGAAUUCACAACACAAGAGAUCCUAGAAGUAAUAAAACAAUUGAACCCACACAAAUCUCCAGGCCCAGGUGGAAUUCCAAACUUAUUCUACAUAACACACAAAGAAAAACUAGCUCCAAUACUGGCCUCAGCAUUCAACGACACUCUAAGAAAUCCUCAUCUAAUUAGCAAAAAUUACAAAGAAGGCCUCAUUAUCACGAUACCUAAAAAGGGAGACCCCGAACUAAUCAAAAACAGAAGACCAAUUACACUGGCUAACUGUAUAUAUAAAAUCCACUCAAAACUAAUAAACAAUAGAAUAAUCCCUAUACUAACGAAAGUGAUCAACCACAAUCAAAAAGGUUUCGUACCAGGCAGAUUCAUUCUAGAUAAUAUCAUAUCAAUGAACGAAUUAAUCAACUACUGUAAUGAUAAAAGAAUUAACGGAAUAAUUACACUAUAUGAUUUCGAAAAAGCUUUUGACUCGAUCUCACACGGUUCAAUACUCAGAUCACUACAACACAUAUACAUUCCAACCAAUAUAAUCAACCUGAUAAUGAAUCUACUCACCAAAUCUGAAGCAAGAAUUGAAAUUAAUGGUAGAACUACUAUACCCUUUGAGAUCAAAAGAGGAGUCAAACAAGGAGAUCCACUAUCACCCACCCUGUUCGUCCUUGUAAUAGAGGCUUUAGCUAGAAAAAUUUUACAAGAUGACCGAAUUACUGGCCUUCCUCUAAACAACAGCAACCACAGAGAGAAAUUCCAAAGCUUUGCAGACGACUCGGCUUCAAUGGUCCCAGACUCUCAAUAA